AUGGGAAUUAUAACAUCAAGAUCAGUGCAGAAAGAUCCCACUGUGUUGCCUCGACUUGGAAAUGGACAAUUUGAAGUUGGAUGUGCGGAAAUUAUGGUUAGCGACAGUGAGAAUGAUAUUGGCAUCCUAUCGACAAUCUAUUAUCCAUCCGAUAAAGCACUCACAUCAGAUGAAAAAUCGGAACACCCUUUAUGGCUUCCAAGAGAAGAAUAUAUUGAUGGCUUAGCAGAUUAUCGGAAUUCAUCUUCUCGUUGGAUGCAUUUCAUACACAGAUGGUUUAUUGGUGAAAAAAGGAUUCCCGCUCUUUGGCAUCUUCCAUUAAAUGACACUAUGACUAACUAUCCGAUUUUAAUAUUUUCUCAUGGCCUUUCAGCGUGUCGCCACUUUUACUCAAUUUAUUGCUCAUCAUUGGCAAGUCAUGGAUAUGUUGUAGCAGCUGUUGAGCACAGAGAUUGUUCAGCUUGCUGGACGUAUAAAUUUGAAACUGAUGAAAAGACGGGAGAGAAGAUAGAAGUGCCGGUGAAAUUUCGUAAACUUAUGUCAACCGAUAAUGAAUUUCAAUUCCGAAAUGAGCAGCUUCACAAACGAGUAGCGGAAUGUGUAAAAACGUUACACGUACUUAUGGAGCUAAAUCUGGGACAGUAUAGUUUGGACCAACAAACUGGAAAUAAGUUAUUGUUGGGGAAUGAUUUCGCGUGGUCACAGUUCAAGGGUCGCUUAGAUACAGGCAAGGCAUUUAUUGCUGGUCAUUCUUUUGGUGGUGCAACAGCCGUUGCAACAGCAGCAGCUUUCCCUGCUGAUUUUUUUGCUGCCGUUAUACUCGAUGGAUGGAUGUUUCCCAUUGAAAGGGAAUUACUCACACGUGUUCAACAACCUGUUUUGUUUAUGAACGCAGAAAGCUUUCAGUGGGAAGCAAACGUAAAUGACAUGUUACAAAUUGUCGAAAACUCGAAACGCAGCGUUUUACUUACAUUUAAUGGAGCCAUGCAUCACUCUUUCACGGACUUCCCUCUUUUGAUUCCGGAAAUGCUCUGUCGUUGGUUAGGCAUGAAAAGUUUUUCCGAUCCGGUGCAGUGUGCUGAAGCAGCGAUUGAAUUAACUGCGCAUUUUUUGAAAUCGUAUUACGAAGACCCUAACGCUUCUCUUAACCUGUUAACAUACGAAAACAUCGUCGCAGCGGAAGCAAGAUUUGCUAGGAAAAUAGCUGUAACAUCCGCAUGA